AUGUCCAACUACGAACAGAUUUCCCGCCAGGCCGAGGCAGACCUCAACACCUACCAGGCCAAGACCGGCGCCGCCCGUCCUCCGUCAAAUAACGAUGCCGGAGUCGACGUCAACGUUGAGAAGAAGUUCGAGGGGGCCGAGGUUGCUUACGGGGACGAUUUGAGCACGAACAGAGGGUACAACAAGCGUAUCCCUCCGAGUGAAGGAGGCGACCUUGAUGCACGUGGAAGACAAGCUAGAGGCCAUCUGUACGAAGGCCCAGGAGGCCCCGAGGACAAGAUCGCCCAAUCCUACAGCCAGAACCCCGGCCGAAACGACCCCGACGUCGUAGAUGCGGACGUCGACGAGACGCAGGGCCUCAGCCAGAAAGACGACCUCCUCGCCCAGGGACAGGCCGCGUCCAGGCAGAACGUUGGCAAGAACCCGCCGGGCCCGGGAGGCUCGCAGUUCAAGGGCAGCGACUACUACAUGCCCGAGAGCGUGCAGGACAGCAUCUCGGCCGAGGGCUGGACUGCGCCGGAGAGCGUGACGCAGGCGAGUCGGGAGACGGAGGGGUAUUCGGCGAACCGGAACCAGUAA